AUGAAAAGUAAUUACAGUACAUAUCUUUAUAAAAUGUCAGAAUUAGAAAGGAUAGUGAAUGGUGGUGACGUUUCAAGUAUUUUCAUUGAACAAGAUGAUGUAUUAGGUGAAAUUAAAAACUUUAACUAUGAUUUAUAUACAAAAUAUGAUUCAUUAGUUUUAAAAGAUCCUCAAACUCAAAAUAAUUCACCAAAACCACCAAGCCUAGAAAUAUUUAUACUAGUUAAUUUAAUAGCGUUAUGUGGUAGAAUUAAUGAUAAAUUUCCAAAUUUAGAUAAAUUUUUAACUCAUUAUAAAUAUGCUACUAAUAUAUUUAACUUAUUAAGUGAAAAUAUUAUAAAUUCUAUUGAAAAAUUUAAAGAAACAUUAUCAAAAGAUUUACCAAGUUUUCAAUUAUCAGUUAUAGCGAAUAGUUCAAUUGUAAAAAAAGAUAAUUCAAUUAUAAAGUUUUUAAGUUGUUUUGGAUCAUUUAUGAAAUUAGAAUCAAUUGAAUAUUUUGGAUCAGUAUUUAAUAGUUUAAUAGGAGAAGAGGACCAAUUCUCAUUAGAUUUAUUACAAGUUUUAAUUGAUAGUUCAAAUGAAUAUAAAAAGUUUUUACAAAUUUUAGAAUUUAAUCAAUUACAAAAAUAUUAUGAUGAUGGUCAUCUUUGUUUAUUUCAUUCAAUUAAAUUUGAUAAUUUAAAUGAAUUUAAAUUAUUAUUUAAUGAUUCUACUUGGUGUCAACAGCAACAGCAGCAACAACAAAUAAAUCCUCAAAUAUUUUGGUUUAUACUUUGUAAAUAUAAUUCAUCAAAAAUUGCCCAUUAUCUUUUAAAUGAUUAUCAAAUUAAUAAAAAAUCAUUAAAACAAAAGAAUCCAUUAGAAAUUAGUCCUGUAACUCUAUUAGAAAUCGCUUUCUUAUGUUUUAGUGAUAAAAUUGCAAUUGUAUUAUUUUCACAAUUUAAUUAUCAUGAAUUAUUACCAAAGAAAUCAAAAAUGAAACAUUUAAUUAAAUCAACUUCAACUUUAAUAAAUAAUAAUAAUAAUAAUAAUAAUAAUAAUAAUAAUAAUAAUAAUAAUAAUAAUAAUAAUAAUAAUAAUAAUAAUAAUAAUAAUAAUAAUAAUAGUAAAAAUAUCGGAUUAACACAAUAUACAGUUUUAGAAGGUUAUUUUUUAAUUAAUAUUAGAACAAGGAGUAGGAUAGCACCAUUUAUCGAAGUUUUAACAAUGAAUGGUAUCCAUUUAACAAAUGAUAUAAUACAUACUAGAAUUAAAUCAAUGAGUUCUGAUUCAAUAUUUAGAAUAUUUACAGAACAAUACCAACAACAACAACAGAAUCCACUAAAUAAUAAUCAAAAACAAAUUCAAUUUAAUGAAAAUUUCACAAGACAACAAAAAAUAGAUUUCGAUAAUUGUCCAAAUGAAAUUGAUACUUUUAUUUUAGAUAAAACUCAAUGUAAUUUAAUAACAUUAUCUCAAGAGUUUUCAAUCAAAGUUAGAGCAUUCACAUUUUAUUUGUCAUUUGGUGAAAUAUUCACUUGUUCUUGUGAAGACUAUAAAAGAGAAUUCUCUUGUAAACAUAUGUUUUUCAUUCUUUUAAAUUAUUAUCAUGUUCCAAGAAAUUCCUAUCUAAUCUAUCAAAGACAAUUUACAGAGAUUGAAAGAUAUUCAAUAAUUAUGAAUAUAGAUUUAAGUAAAAUUAAUUCAAGAAUAUAUGGUACUCCAAAUUUUAAUACUUUUUUUAAAAUUAAAUCAUCACCAUCAUCAACAACAUCACCAUUUCAAAGUAUUAAUAAUAACAAUAAUAAUAAUUUAAACAAUAAUAAUAAUAAUAAUUUAAAUAAUAAUAAUAAUAAUGAAAAUGAAAAUAAAUUUAAAGAAGAUGGUGAUGAUGAAAUUUUACAAAAUUUAAAUAGAUUAAAUUAUAUAUUAUUAAGGGAUUUUGAAUUUGGACCAAAUGAUAUUACAACUAAACUUCGAGAAACUCAUAUAAAUCUAUUUGAUAGAUUAUUACUUAUAGAGGAUAAUUUAGAGGCAUUGGAUAAGAUAUUAAAGAAUUUCACUCAAAAAGGUUGUACAUUAUCAAGGGAUUUGGUUGGUGAUCGUAAUCUAUUGGUUUUAGUGGCAAUUCUAGAUUCAACUUCAAAAGAGAAACUAUCAUUAUUGAACAAGUAUUGGCCAUUACCUGAAAAAACGAAAAAGUUUGCUAUUCCAUUAAUUUUCUUUGCAAUAUCUGAAGAAUGUUUAAAAAUGUUUAUUCAAAUCUCUCCAAAUUUAGUUAAAUCAACUUUAAACUUACAUGAUUGGAUUUCAAUUCUAACUGAAUUCGCCUUAAUUAAUGAAACUUUCUUAGACCAUUACCCACUUUUAUCCGCUUGGUAUAGUGAUGCUCGUUCAGUUGAAACCUCAUUAUUUAGAUUAUUCACCUGUAUGGAUAAAAUAGAUUGUAUAAAUUACUUAAUUCAAACCUAUCUUUUACCAAUUCCAACUUUCAAAAAUACUCUAAAUAAUUUUGAAACUUGUUACUUUUUUGAAACUUAUUUCCUUGAAAACUCCUCAAUCAAAGCUGAACAAUACUUAUUAGAACAGGAACUAUUAGAAAAAAAAAAACAAAAAGAAAAAAAAAAACAAAAACAAAAACAAUCAAAAUCAAAAAUUAUUAAUAAUCCUUUAUCAUCAUCAUCAUCAUCAUCAUCAUCACCAUCAACUUCUAAUACUACAAUCACCUCAACAACACCAACAACAACAACAACCACCACCACAACAACAACACCAACAACUACAACAACAACAACAACAACAUCAUCACCAAAACAAAAACCUAUAACUCCAAUUAAAAAAGAAAUAGAAAAAGAAUUUGAAAAAAUUGAACUUACUACACCACCACCACCAUUGGCAACAACCAAACAACAACAAAUUAAUGAAAAUUAUGAUAUUUCAAUUGGUAAAUUUAAAUUUAAUAGAAAAGAAGAGAAUGUAUUAGGUAGAGGAUCAAAUGGUACAUUAGUUUUUAAAGGUAUUUGGAAUAAUAGAAUUCCAGUUGCAAUUAAACAAAUGCAAAAGAUGUUUAAUCCAUUAAUUAGUAAAGAGAUUGAAGUAUUAAUUACAUUAACAAAUAAGAAUUGUUAUAACAUUGUAAGAUAUAUUGAUCAAGAAGAAGAUGAAUCAUGCGUUUAUUUAGGUUUAACACUAUGUGAUGGUUCUUUGCAAAAUUUAGUUGAAAAAGGUGAUAAUAACCUGACAUUAACUCAAUUUUUAGGCUAUGAUAUUAAUAGCAGUAGUAAAAAUAAUUCAAGAUUAUUAGAACUAAUUAAAGAUAUUGUUUAUGGUAUUCAAUUUUUACAUCAACAAGGUAUAGUUCAUAAUGAUUUAAAUCCAAGGAAUAUUUUAAUUAAAGAUGAUAGAUUCAUUAUAUCGGAUUUAGGGCUAAGUAAAAUGGAAGUAACUUCAUCAUACUCAUUUACGAUGCAUGCUCCAACUGGUCAAGAAGGUUUUCAUCCGGCUGAAGUACUAUUAGAGAAACGUAAAACUAAAUCUGUUGAUAUCUUUUCAAUGGGUUGUAUUCUAUUUUAUUUAAUGACUGGUGGUCAACAUCCAUUUGGUGAUAAAUUCUAUCGUAUUGUUAAUAUUUUAACAGAUAAACCAAUCCUCGAACCAUUGAAACAUAAUUUAGUAGCAUGUGAUUUAAUUAGUCAAAUGAUAUCAAAAAAUGAAUCUGAUAGACCAACAAUUGAAAAAAUACUUUUACAUCCAUUCUUUUGGAAUCAUGAAAAGAAAGUUAAAUUCAUUGAUGCUUCUUUAAAUUUAUUUAAAGAUUCAAAUGGUUUAUUCACUUCAAAAUUAAAUAAAUUAAUUAAUUAUCAAGAAAUUAAUUUAAAAAAUAAUAUUGAUAGUAGUAGUAGUAAUAAUAAUAAUAAUAUAAAUAGUAAUGUAAUUAAUAAUAAUAAUAAUAAUAAUAAUGGUAUGGCGACUAAUAUACCAUUUUUAUCAAAACCAUGGAACCAAUUAAUUGAUCAAACUUUAAUUGAACAUAUAAUAAAUAAACAAAAUCAAUUAAAUGGUGUCGGUAAUAAUAAAAAGGUAAUAAUUUACAGUUUUGAUCAAGUAAAAGAUUUAGUACGUUGUAUUAGAAAUACAAUACAACAUCAUAAAGAGAUUCAAAGAUUAGUUAGACAAUCACCAUCAUCAAAUGGUGAUAAUAAACAAGAAGUUUUGGAUUGUUUAGAGAGUCAAGAAUUAGUUUUAUCUUAUUUUGAAGAAAAAGUUCCCGACCUUUUACUCUUUCUUUAUCAAAAGUUUAAAAAACAUUUGGAUUCAAAAUCCUUAAUUUAUUUUAAUGAUUUAAUAAUUAAAUAA